GUUUGGCUGUGCAUCAGAUCAUCACCAUCACCGUCUCCCUCAUCAUGGUCAUAGCUGCUCUGAUCACAACUCUUGUCUUAAAAAAUUGCUGUGCCCAAAGCAGGAACACUCGUCGGAACAGCCACCAGAGGAAGACCAACCAGCAGGAAGAGAGCUGCCAGAACCUGACCGACUUCACCCCUGCCCGGGUGCCCAGCAGCCUGGACAUAUUCACGGCCUACAAUGAGACCCUCCAGUGUUCCCACGAGUGUGUCAGGGCAUCGGCGCCCGUGUACACGGAUGAGACGCUGCACCCGACGGGGGAGUACAAGUCCACAUUUAAUGGAAACCGACCUUCCUCUUCUGAUCGGCAUCUGAUUCCUGUGGCCUUCGUGUCUGAGAAAUGGUUUGAAAUCUCCUGCUGACUGGCCGAAGUCUUUUUUACCUCCUGGGGGCAGGGCAGACGCCAUGUGUCUAUU